CUUGGUUAAUCCACCACCAUCACACAAGAAAAACAAACCUCGAGAAUCCCAUCCAGGCCAGGUCCACUGACCACAUAACAAAGAAGGAUACCAAGAAGCAAUCUCAUAGUCUCUCCACCAAGAAGCAACCGCAUGGCUUUACAGGAGGAGUUCAAAGAAUUUUCUGAGAAGGCCAAGUCGUUGCCUCCAACAACAAUGGAUGCAGAUAAACUAGUCCUUUACGGGCUUUAUAAGCAAGCAACAGUUGGAACUGUUGACACAAAUCGACCAGGAAUCUUCAGCCCAAAAGAGCGGGCGAAAUGGGAUGCCUGGAAGGCAGUUGAAGGGAAGACAAAAGAAGAAGCAAUGAGUGACUACAUCGUGAAGGUGAAGCAGUUGCAGGAAGGAACUUCUGCAUAAUCUGUCAAAUGGUCGAUUUCCAUAAUUGAUUGAAUAAUGAAAUGUAUUAAGGGGAUCAAGUCUGAUCAGUGAACCUAAAAUCCUUAAGCUAGAAGCAUUCUUGGAUUCUUAAACAUUCCAAAUUAAGAUGAAAAUAAAACUAUCAUGCCAUUAACUAUUAUAAGUACUGA